GUCAGUUGCAGCGGAUUUGUCAACAAUCAAACACAAAUAUUUAUUUUUUCAGGGAAUCAUAAAUAAUUUAUUUAAGAAAAACCACCGCAAAUAACCGGACUAACCAACGAUGGACCAGGGAAUCUGCCGCGUGUGCAUGGACGACGACGGGGAAAACUUUACAUCGGUGUUUUCCGACGACGGAGGCAAAAUAAACGCCGCGGACAUGAUUGUCGAUUGUGCGGGGGUGGAUGUUGCCAAAGACGACGGCAUGCCGGAAAUGAUAUGCAACGAGUGUCUGUGUGCCAUCCGGGAAGCGCACAAAAUUCGCUCCAAGUGUCGAAACACGGACAGGAAGCUGCGCAAGAUUCUCAACCUGGGAGCGGGGAAAGCUCCUGCAGGGAAGGAAGCUGGACCGGUUAUCCUGCAUGAGAUUGCAACGCAAACUGAAAUGGUGCAGGAGAGUCCGCCGGAGGAACCGCAGAUUAGCAGUGAAGAGUUAUUGCCUAUUUUGCCGGAGAUUCUGGAAGAACCGGUGAUUGAGAAGGAAGAAGAGAACCUGCCGGUUCCGGAUUCUGUGGAGCACACCUCAAACGAUGCCUAUCUCCAGUACGAAGUUGAAGAGUUGCCGGCUGUGUUGGUGAAACAAGAGCACACGCAAUCGUUGACGCCGGUCUACGACACGGAGUACCUCGUGGAAGAAUUGAAAGAAGGCACUGGAGAAGAACCUGAAGUUGAAUCGAUCGGACAAACCGACGAGCAACAAGCUCUAAAGCAGUGCGAGGCUGUGUUGGGAGAAGAGGAAAAAGGUGACAAACAUUGCAUAAAGAUCGAAGUUGAAACGCUGGACGAGAUGGAGUACGAAAACUACGAAGCAAUAGACGAAGAUGAAGAGGCUCUUCAGUGCGAAGAACCGGUUGGAGGAACCUGCUCCGAAGAAAUUGUCAGCUGCUGCGGUUGUCCAUGCGAAUUCAAGUCCAUGGUGGAACUAAGAGCUCACUCCGAGUUAAUACACUUUCCCAUAGAUGAAGGUACGGGCAUAUUGGAUAACUUCACCUGUGAGAUCUGCUACAAGGAGCAUUCUACCUUGAAAGCAUUUGCCCAACACAAGACAAAUCGCUACAACCGAAAGCUGCGAAUGUGCGGCGUCUGUCGUAUUGUGCUGUCGAAUGUGCGCAAAAAGAAACAGCACGAAUCGUUGCACAAGAGCCUUCCCGCGGGAUUCCACAUCGAGUGUUGCGGCUGUGAUCAUCCGAUUCCUUUCAACCAGUACGGCCUGCACAUGGAGCAAAUGCAUAGGCCGGAAGAUCGUGUGGUUACUUCGAUGUUUAUUUGCGAAAUUUGCUUCACGGAUUGUGGGACGAAGCAGCAGCUGGAAUCGCAUCAAUCCAAGUUUGAAGCUUUCAUGCAACAGAACAAACCGGUCAAGCCUGUUUCGUUUGACGACAAGCUCGGCAUAGUGUAUUCCGAUGCCGAUGGUAAGCAGCGGUUUGUUUGUGACAUUUGCGAAAAGAAUUUCUCGACAAAGGGCAAUCUUAAAUCCCACCGGACUCUGCACGACUCCUCCCAGAAACCGGUGUUCAAAUGCACGCUUUGUGUUCCCCAAAGAGACUUUUCCAAAAAGAGCAACUACAACGUCCACAUGCUCAGAACGCACUCAACCGAAAGCUUAUGUUGCCCAGAUUGUGGCAAGAGUUUCAAAUGCUCAAUAAACCUUAAAACUCACAUGAGAGUGCAUACCAAGGAGCGGCCUUAUCUCUGCGCGUAUUGCUCGAAAACCUUCGCACAUCUUUCCGACAAACGACGGCACGAAAUAACUCACACCCAGAAUUACCCGUUCAAAUGUGACCGCUGCAGUAAACCCUUCACCAGAAAAACGGUCCUCGAACGACACCAGGAAAGUUGCGGUCAUCGGAACAACAGACGGUUUAUCGAUUCGCUGACAUCACACGACAAGCCGCCGCAGCAAGAUCCGAUCGAGUUUAUGCUGCCGACGGGGGUGGUGCCGGAGGCGGACGGCGAACAAACUGAAGAGUGGCCGAUGCAAACGCUGGACGAGGGAACAUACGAAACGGAAGUCGAGAUUGAAUAAUAUCUGAGCGAAAUAAAAUCUGCUGGCAGGCUAAAAA